AUGGAAAACGAAAUACCACAUGCACAGCGCACGAGGAAGAGAGCUCCACGAUGUAAAGAACUUGAUAAUCCACUUAUUCGAAAAGAGAUUGAAUUUCGCUACGGUAUCGAGGGCCGGAAACUCGAUGACGUAGUCGAAGAAAUUAACAAAGCCUACGGCCUGAACGCAACUACCGAGGACGUCUGCAAAAAUGGGGGUGCAGACAACGUUUAA